CUGUAAUUUUGUUGACCAUAGUCGUUCGAAAAUUUAUCAUAAUUCUUUUGGUCUUGACGGGCUGAGCCCCCCGCCUUUAAACGGGCCGCGGAUAUGGAUCAUACUCCAAGUCGUCACGGUAACGGUAAUGGUUGGGGAGAGAGCGAUGGAGAAGUGGAAUGUGGGAGAGGAGAGGGAGUGGUACCACACACUUUUAUGGCUUGCAUCAUGCAAGGUCAAAGGCUUGGUGCAGCAUAUUACGACCAUUCGACCGGGGAGGUGUUUGUCCUGGAGUCGUGGGAAGACCCAGGCGAAGCUUAUCCCAGCCUUCAAUUGCUUAAGCUUCAGGCCCAGCCACAAGUAAUCUACACGAGUACCAAAUCUGAUGUACCCUUCUUUGAGGCACUGAGGAGGAGUUUGACCAAGGAUGGACCUGAGUUCGAAGUCAAGACGAUGAAGAGCUCUGACUUCAGCUUGGACCAAGCGAAAACAAGGUUGGCCUACUUGAGGGUGAGGGGGAUGCCGGACAACAUCUCUGAAGUGGAACGGCUGCAUCUGAUAAAUUCCAUGAUAAAUUUGCGGCUAGAAGUUCAAGUUCGAGCAGCUGGGGGUCUUAUCAUGGGCCUCCAUCGGGACUUGAUUAUGGACACCAUCGGAGCAUCCAGUGCUGGUGCUGUGGAUGUCGAAAAGCUUGCGGAAAUCAGUCUUGAUGGAAUGUUGAAGGUGGACCCCACCACACUUGAUGCGCUUCAGAUCUUUCAACCAGAACGACACCCAAGCGCUAUGGGAGUCGGAAGACCAAAGGAGGGACUCUCGCUUUUCGGCUUGCUGGACAAGUGCUCGACGAGGCAGGGCCGUAAACUGCUGCGGCUUUGGUUUCUUCGCCCGAUCGUCGACGUGGAUCGGAUUGAAGACAGACUUGACACAAUUGAAUGGCUUUCGCGCUCGAGGGACCUCAUCGAUGCGCUGAAAAAGGGGCUGCGAUGCAUCGAGUGCGUGCCACGAAUCCUUAAGAAGUUCACCUGCUGCGGGUACGCUUCGACGGUUAAAGAUUGGUCGCUUCUUGUGCAGAGCUUGUCGAGCAUGUGCAACCUGAAAGACGUGCUCAGUAUAGCCUUCUCUUCGAGGCAUGUUGGUGGUAAUCAUGAAAACGAAUCACUCGGAAAUCUGUCCCCGGUCCAGAAGGUGUUGGAAGUCGUGAAUGAGGAUCUCAUUUACGUCAUCGAGCUUGUGAACAAGAUUAUCGACUUCGAUCAGGAAUUCUUUGAUGGAAAGCGGGCCCUUGUUCGUUACCAUCUCAGCGAGCAGCUCGAUGACGUCAAACGGAAAUACAAUGGGUUGGUGGAUAUUCUCGAUGGGGCAACAAGGCGAGAGAUGACAAGGAUUUUGGAAAGUGUGGGACCGUUGAUUCCGCACCAGACACUGGCAUCGGGAGCGAUUGUGUUCACGCCUGAGAUGGGAUAUUCUCUGCGUUUUGAGGGGGCAAGGCUCCCGGACUCCGUCUUGGAGAUUCUAUCCGACCUGCGGCUCAUCAUUGAGGGGGAAGACCAGAAUGGUCGAGGAGUGCAUUACCAGACUGCUUUGACACUUCAGAUGAACAAAGUUGUUGGUGACCUCUACAAUGUGAUCACCGAUAUGGAAGGUGAAAUUAUUCGGGGGCUGGAAGCACGGGUACUUGGCUUUACCGACGUCCUUCGAAAGGCUGCAGAUGCGAUGGCAGAACUGGACUGCGUUGUUUCUUUGAGUGAAGCAGCUCUUGAACAUAAUUUCAAACGCCCUAGACUUGUCAGAGGCUCCGACGUGAUGAAGAUAAAGAAUGGCAGACAUCCAUUGCAGGAGCUCGUUGUGAAUACCUUCAUCCCAAACAACACACACGUGGACGAAAACAAGGGCAGGGUUAACAUAAUCACCGGCCCCAACUGUUCUGGGAAGAGUGUGUACGCGAAACAGGUUGCGAUGAUUACUUUCAUGGCACAUAUUGGGAGUUUCGUACCCGCAGACGAGUGUAUUCUGGGACUGUGCGACAGGAUAUUCACCAGAAUUUUAAGUAAAGAAACAGCACUGUUACCGCAGUCAACCUUCAUGAUCGACCUCAACCAAAUUGCGGUUAUGCUACGGCAUGCGACUUCAAAAUCACUGUGCAUCAUCGACGAGUUCGGCAAAGGCACGUUGGCCUCGGAUGGGAUCGGCCUGCUUUGCGCAACAAUUCAGCACUUGAUGUCGAGUGCAACGCCUCCGAAGGUUUUCGCGUGCACCCAUUACACGGAACUCCGGAACGAGGAGUACCUCCCAAGAUCGGAGCAGAUCGAAUUCUACACAAUGUGCAUCCUUGAGGCGAAAGGCAAGCGACCGGCGGUCCCAGCAGAUGAGCGGAGUGCAGAAAAACUUUCCGCUGCAGAAGGUAUGAGCUCAGAAAGCGACCUGGAUCGGCAAAUCACAUUUCUGUACAAGCUCGUUCCUGGAUACAGCACCUCGAGUUUUGGAAUUCAUUGUGCCCAGCUAGCGAACGUCCAUGCGGCGAUUCUAAAGAGGGCAGAAGAAUUGCUGAAGCAUGAGAGAGAGGGUCAGCCCGUUUGUCGCUCAGAGGAUAUGCUGCAGCAUUUGAGCACGACCAGGACGUGUAAAGAAGUCGGAGAGGCAUUUCUGAAGCUCAGCAACAGUGCUGACGCUGUCUCUGUCUUCCUGCAAGAGAUGGUGUAGGAGAAUUGAUGGCAUGCUCACCACACUCGAUCUCGAGGGCUUCCUUGGAUACAUCUCAUCAUGGUAAUCACGGCGAGGAACUUCCUACAGACCAGGUCCGGAUUUCAACAGUUUGUGAGUGUACAAACUUAUAAUCAUUUCAAUGGGGAUCGAGUACCUUUCUUUUUUUUUUUUUUUUAAUGAAGUGCAACGGCCUUG